AUGGCAGCCGCUCGCGUCGGCAUUGUGCUCCUGGUGGUCAUGCUCAUCUGCGCGGAGCUCGUCGUCGUGCCGGAAGCGCGCUUGAUCCAGCACCCGGCGGUUGCACACGCCGCCGCCAACGGCAAACCGGCUGACGUUCCGCCGUCCAAGUGGAACAUGCGAAGGACGCUCGGUGGCGCAGUGAAGAGGACGGUUCCCGGCGGCCCAGACCCACAGCACCAUUACUAA